UUCUCUCUCACUCUUUCUCCCUCUCUCUCUCUCUACAAAAACCAGACAGCAAUACCUCAAAAACCAGAACCAGCAGCACACAAAUACACACAGAUUUCCCAAAUACUCAGAAAUCUCACUCUCUCGGAAGAAAAAGAAGGCACCCGUUAGACUAAAACUCAUUCACAGAGAGUUGAGACACACCAUUUUCUGUAUGUAAAUGAAUCAGAAGAAGUCUGAAACCCAAAUCGGAAAAAUAAGCAGAGUCAUCUCUUCCGAUUUGAUUCCAAGCCCACCCUUUCUCCUUCCUCCAAUACACCAAAAGCGGUUUCACCAUGAACCCAUUUCCAAAAAUCCCUCACCUUCACAAAACCUUCAUUCUGCACCCCACAAGAGGCCUAUAAUGACCCAAACACCUUCCAUACUUUCCCACUCUCCUACACUAUCCUCUCUCAACAAUUAUCCCCACCAAACUUUGAAUAUACAAUCUUCAUCGCCAUCUUUUUCAUGCUCUACUACUUCAUAUCCAAUCCCUUUUGGAAAAAGAUCAGCGGCCCUCAAGUUUAUUCGCCAUUUACAAUGUGCAAGUUUGGUUCGAGCUCGUUUUCGCUUUCUGAUCCUCCUUUCCUUGCCUUCCCUUUACUACUUCAUCUCCAAUCCCCGCCGCUCUUUUAUCCUUGAUUUCCUUUCUUUGCUAGCAUUCUCCGCUGCGGUUUUGAUUUCUCUCAAUCUUGCACUCCCUCGCCUUCCCUCGAUUCGAUUGUUCUUUGCCCGGUCGUUCCGAAUUAAGCUUUGCGCAUCUUCUUGUGCCUCAAAGCCAUGUCAGCCUGUUCUGUGGUCAAUUGGGUCGAAGCCCAAAUCGGUAAAAAGGCCGAAUUCGGGGUCUUGGGUGCAAGUUUUUCGUAAUGGGGAUGUUUAUGAGGGUGAAUUCCAUAAGGGGAAGUGUUCAGGAAGUGGAGUUUAUUACUAUCACAUUAAUGGGAGGUAUGAGGGGGAUUGGAUUGAUGAGAAAUAUGAUGGUUAUGGGAUCGAGACGUGGGCGAAAGGGAGCCGGUAUCGCGGGCAGUAUAGGCAGGGCUUGAGGCAUGGGAUUGGGUUGUAUAGGUUCUACACCGGUGAUGUGUAUGCCGGAGAGUGGUCUAAUGGGCAGUGUCAUGGGCGUGGAGUUCAUACUUGUGAGGAUGGGAGCCAGUAUGUUGGGGAAUUCAAGUUGGGUGUUAAACAUGGGCUCGGUCGUUACCAUUUCAGGAAUGGGGACACAUACGCUGGGGAAUAUUUUGCAGACAAAAUGCAUGGUUUUGGAGUCUAUCGGUUUGGGAAUGGACAUCAGUAUGAGGGAGCCUGGCAUGAGGGAAGAAGACAGGGACUUGGUAUAUACACCUUCAGGAAUGGGGGGACACAUUCUGGUCACUGGCAAAAUGGGGUUCUUGACAUGCCUUGCACGCAACUUGCCCAUCCUGAAUCUCCCUAUGCUGUCAACUAUACCAAAGUUCUUAGUGCAGUCCAGGAAGCACAGCGAGCUGCUGAGAAGGCAUUUGAGGUGGGAAAGAUGGAUGAAAGGGUGAACAAAGCUGUAGCAGCGGCUAAUAAAGCAGCAACAGCAGCAAGAGUUGCGGCUGUAAAAGCUGUCCAAAACCAAAUGCAUCCUAGUAACAGCAAUGAUGGGACACCAAUUUUAUCCGUUUGAUCCUGAAUGACCUCUCAAUUCUCAUCAUCAGCAUCAUGCUUUCACAGCAAAAUGGCUACUGGCAUAUUAGAUUUUACAGAAUAGAAAGCUACAAAAGCACACGUUCCUGAGGAAUGUUGCAAAAACGAUUUACUGCUUUUGCAUCUAUUUCUCCGUUCUUUUUUGCCGUUAAUUUUCCUUUGUCAAUGAUGCAUAUGCCAGGUACCUGCUUGGAACCACAUUCAGUCAUGGGAGUAAAUGGCUGAUUGAGGAGCAACCGGGUUCCUCCACUUCAAUAAUGUGUACAGAAUGGCAUUUGAGGUUUUGAGUGAAGAUGAGCACUAAGGUGCCUGAGUUUAGCAUAGGGUUUGCUUUUACAACUUUUGGAGUAUCUUGUAAAUGCGUAAAGUAGUCGUAUGAGUUGUGUAGUGUGUACAGUAUGGUUUUGAUAAUAAUAAUAAAAUCCAGUCUUUUGAUGCAA